GGCAAAUAUGAAAGUAUGACUAUUUUUAUAUGUGAUUUUAGCUUUUCAAUGCAGCAACUACAACUUCUUUGCAACUCUAUUUUCCAUCUCAUGUUUUCAGUACUGAGGGAGGUGCCGGGGGAGAAAAUUUUUCUCAGUUUGGUGCUGAUUUAUCAAGUGGCAGCAGAGUUCAAUAAUGUCUGGUCUCUGAAGCACAUACUCAGUUUUCUGUCGGCUGUGUUGCAGACGAAUGACUUAUUGCCACAGAGCUAAGGAUGACAGUAGAGAAAGUUGGGGCAGAUUUCCGGCUUCAAUUUAUGUCCUUAUCAGCACUACAACAGCAACGACGAGCACAGUAGCAAAGCAGUCCGAGCCUUGUGGAGGAGAGCCUCCACAAGAAGUGCCUCGACGGGUUCCCUACCUCCGCCGCCGGUAUCGUGUCAUUGAUGGGCCACUUCAUCGCUAUCUAGCACAAGUGAUGUUGAAGGCUGCCCUUUGUGCUCAAGUUCUUCCGAGACGUCAAGCGUGUGCGAGAACAAGGAGCUAUAGAUGAUCGUGACACUUUCCUCCAUGCAGUGCGAGAUCUCCUAUGUUUUCACUCAAAUGUCCAAGGAAGCUGUGUUUGCUGUGGAAUUUCAAGGAAGCUGUGUUUGGUGUGGAGAAGGAGAUUGAGAUAACCAGAUUGGAAGGCUGUAACACCUGCGACGGAAGUGGUGCCAAGCCAGGUACAAAGGCAACGGCAUGUAAAACUUGUGGAGGUCAGGGCCAGGUAGUCUCCUCCACAAGAACACUGCUUGGAAUAUUCCAGCAAGUCUCCACCUGCAAUACUUGUGGUGGCAUCGGUGAAUUCUCCACUCCUUGCAACACCUGUGGGGGUGAUGGCUGGGUGCGAAGGACAAAGAGGAUCAGCCUAAAGGUUCCUGCUGGAGUGGAUUCUGGAAGCAUGCUGAGGGUCUGGUCUGAGGGUAAUGCUGGCAGGAGAGGAGGCCCUCCUGGGACCUUUAUGUCUUCAUUGAUGUUCUCUCUGAUCCUAUUCUUAAGCGAGAUGGGACAAACAUUCUCUACACAUGCAAGGUUUCUUACAUUGAUGCAAUCCUUGGGACCACCGUCAAAAUCCCCACUGUUGACGGAACAGUUGACCUUAAGAUACCCUCAGGGACUCAGCCAGGCACAGCUCUGGUGAUGUCCAAGAAAGGUGUCCCGCUUCUCGAGAAGUCAAAUGCCCGUGGAGACCAGCUGGUGUGUGUCCAGGUUGAUAUUCUGAAGCGUCUGAGCAGCGACGAGAAGAAGCUAAUUGAGGAGCUUGCAAACCUGAACAAGGCUCAAACAACCAAUAGCAGGAGAUGAUUGUCACACAAGGCUUCGUAGGACAACGUGCUUGUGUGGUAGGCAAUUUUGAUGCAAACUGCAGUGAUGAUUGGAUGGAAAGAGUUGGUAGUGAUAAACUCUUCUACGAACUACAUACAGCAAGGGGUACACUGGAGCAAAAAUGUGUCGUUCCACAUCUGUAACCUCGUUUUUAAGCUAUUAAAGUUGAGUCAGUGAACUGGACGUUUUUGC